CAUUUUAGAAAUGAAAUUUAGCAGGGUAAAAGGUUAAAUCAAAACAAAGCUUUUAUAUUGUCUUACAAUUUCUUGUGUAUUUAUUCAGAAUGGUGGUCAGUAUGCUAGUAGUGCAGCGAUUGGUAGACGAGUGUCACUGUUCAUCAAAUGACUCACCAGAUGAUAUGAUUAUAGGAAUGUGUUUACGUAGGUUUGACAUUCCGAUCACGCAUGUGCCAUAUCUACAUCAGGCUCGACCAGAUGAUUAUUCAGAAGGUUACCUCAGCCGCCAUAUUCCCGUGUCAUUUCAUAAACACUGGAACUGUGAUCCUAUUAAAAUCUACAAUAUGCUCAAAAGCUAUGAUAUAAAACCUCAGAAGCCAAAACAAGAUUCUACAAGCCAGUCUUGUCAUAACCAUGAAGAACUGUAACAGUAGAUAAUGUGUA